CUGAGUUUUGCAUUAGAAGUCUCCCCUUAGAGAGAGAGAAUCCUAAAAAAUCUCUGAACAAGAGAGACGUCGAAAAUGGCGAACCAGAAGAGCUCUAAGAACGAGAAUAGACGAGUGGGACUACUAUACGACGAGAGAAUGUGUAAGCAUUUUCAAAGCGUCGGUAUUCGUCAUAGGUUGCCUCUCCAUCAACCUCCAGCCUUUGCAGGAUGGCAUCGGCCAUACUUGGUGACGAUGAAUGGCCUUUGUUGGCUGAUUGACCUCGCCAGAAGUCCCAAUCUAGGGUUUGAUGCUUAUCCUUGUCCAGGACUUUCUUCCUUAAGUUUGUCAUUGAUGGUUAAGGUUAGAGAGAUCCCAUCUUCCAAAUACGUCUGGUUCAAGAUGGGUUAGAUCUAACCGAGGGAUUCUUUGGUAGAAUGGCCUUACCUUCCUGGAAUGUGUUGGAUUUUGGUGACUUCUCAAGAGAGAGAUAAGCAUACCUUCUCUUCUUAGACGUCGGAAGAUCUUUGCUCGCGAUCUUAUAUUUUUUCGCAUGUGGUGUCUUUGGUGAGAUUGGUUUGUCUUUUGACGAUCCUCCUGAGUAUUCGAAGAUUUUGGUCCUCUAUUCUGCAAGAGUUCCACAUUUGUAGGAGAAUGUAUUUAUUUUGAUGUAUUUGUAUUCCAUCCAAU